AUGGAUCAUCAGAAAUCUGCAACAUCAUCUGGAAUAAGAGCAAAGAAAUUACAGAGUCCAAUUUUCAUUUAUCACUCAACAAAUAUCAAGAUGUCACUUGUUGAUGAAAUAGGAAGCCAAAGACAUCUCAAAAAGAUGGGAUCUUAUGUGUCAUCUGUGGCAGAUAUAAUAGUAUAUCAACCUAUAUUUUCAUGGGAAAAUAUUAUCAAAAGGUUUAUUGAUGAUGAAGAGUAUAAUCUUUUUAACAAAUGUUUGGAAAUUCCUUUUUUAAUAGAAAGAAUAGAAAAAUAUACUGACAAAACCACGCAACAGUUUCAACUGGACCGUAAUAAUAUUAAACAACACAUAUACUUACAUGCAGAAAUGAACAUAUUGACUAGUAUGGUAAACCAUGAAGAUAAAAAUAGGGUGAUAGGAGUAUCCAAAAGAUGUUGUUACUUGUGUGAACUGUAUAUUGAUUUUGCACAAAAAGAAGGAUAUAAUAUCAUCAUUUCUGGAACACACAAGAAAAUAUAUCAUGGAUGGAAACUUCCAUAUCUAACAGAUAACGACUUCCAACCCAAAUCCCUGAAAUCCAUCAUGGAAAAUCUUGAUCGAAUCAUAGAGAACAAGAUAAAACAUUAUACUAGUAAUUUAUUGGCAGCUUCUGAUAGUUCUGCAGAGAAAAUCGUGAUGAAUUAG